AUGCUUGCGCACACAGUACGCGGUUACCCAAGCCAGCUGGAAAGGCUGGACUCGAUAGAAACCGAAAACGCACUCUCUCAAGCACUAAGAACACCGAACAUCGCAUAUUGGGAGACAACUUUUGCRGUAGACCGCAUAUUGGGAGAUAACCUAAUUAUUUAUAUAUAUAUAUAUAUWUUUUAUUGGAUUAAAAGGAAUGGUCGUUGGCGGUCUCAGUGGACUCUUACUGUUGGGCCAACUAAUAUAGAUAUUUUUGGAUUCUUACGAAUUCAUGUUCAUUAUUAUGAAAAUGGUAAUGUUCAACUUGUAGCAUCUAAAGAAGUAAAGGAAUCGGUUGCGUUAACAACUGAUGCUGUGAAAGAAGUUUUGAAAAUAGCAGAAGAUGCUGAGAAUGAGUACCAAAUAGCUAUUACAGAAAAUUAUCAAACUAUGUCAGAAACAACUUUUAAGGCACUCCGUCGUCAGUUGCCAGUUACUAGAACAAAAAUCGAUUGGAAUAAAAUUGUUUCUUACAGCAUCGCUAAAGAGUUUAAAACUCAAUGACCAAUCAAACAGUUAAUAG